CAAACUUCUCCUAGAACGAACGAAAGGCCGAAGCUGUUUACUCUUCUUCUCCCCAGAAAGAACUAAACUUGUUUGAUAACUUCCUCUUCGUUGUUCAGUAAAUCUCCCCUGGUUUGUUUUUGCCUAAUAUGAAGAGAAACCCAUUACAGAUAAAGGAUAUAUUCAUCUUUGGUUUUCAUCAAUGGAUACGAGGAAAUCAAGUGCAUCGGGUGGGGACGAUGAUCUCCCCCUUGUCUCAUCUAUGGCAAGUGCUGAAUCUAAGAAUAUAUGUGAGGUUGGAGUAAGUUCAAAGAGAAAGAAGAAUAAGACUGUAAGGACUGCCCAUGAUGAAGGUGAUUUGGACAAGAUACUCGCUGAACUUCCUGUUUCACCAGUAUCCAAAGUGGAGAAAAUUCAAGCUCUGUCUGAGCUGGUUGGACCUGGUGAGAAGGAUGGAGAAGAACAGACUGUUGAGUCUUCUGCAGCUAAGAAAAAGAGAAAGAAGAAGGACAGGGAAAAGAAAUUAGCUGCUUCUUUCCUUGAGGCUAAGGAGGACAAGCAAGAUAAUCCAAUAUCUGAGCCAUCACAGUCUAAGAAGAAAGUUGUAAAUUUUAAAGUAGCAGAGAAGAAAGUUCCUAAACAUGUUCGAGAGAAGCAAGAGAUUCUCGCGCGGCGGAAAGAAGCUGAAGAGAGGAAGAAGAAGGAAGAAGAAGAGAGACUGAGGAAAGAGGAAGAGGAGCGCCGCAUAGAGGAAGAGCGAGAAAGGGAAGCUGAAGAGAUUAGGCAGAAGAGAAAGAUAAGGAGAAUGGAGAAGAAGCAAGAAGGCGGGAUUCUAACAGCAAAGCAAAAGCGUGAAGCUGCAAAGAAUGAGGCUUACAAGAACAAGGUGCUGACUGAUGCUGGAGAUGUUCUUUUUGCAGAUAAAAAUGAUGGUUCCUCAAAGCGUCCCAUUUACAGCAAUAAAAACAAAUCAUCUUGCAAAAAAUCAAACAAUUCUGCCUCUGUCCAGAUGAAAGGUGAUGUAGAAACAAAGGGAAAUCUUACAGAGGAACCAGGUACUUUGCAUGAAUUGGUUUCAGUUGAAGGUAAAAGGGUUGGUAUAAUAGAAUCCGUAGACACAGAAGAGAAGCAUGAAGUUGUUGAUGUAUCAAAAAAGAAUGGUGAUGAGGAGGAUGUGUGGGAUGCAAAAACUAAUUUUACCAUCGAGGUUGAUUCUGAUGAUAAGGAGGAGAAGCCUCAGCCUGUGGUUAAGAAAGAAUUAAAAGACACUGCAUCGAAGGCACAUGAUUCAGGUCCUGUACCAGAUAUACCAACAGUGAAGGCUGGAGUCGUAGGCAAGCCAAAAACAGCUGCCAAGAAAGCUAUGCCUAAGGUGGAUGAUGCUACACGGCCAAAAGAUACUUCUAAAAAGGGUAAAGGCUUAGUACUAAAUCAACUUGCUAAAGAAGGAGAAGAAAAUCUUCGUUCUCCCAUUUGCUGCAUCAUGGGUCAUGUUGAUACUGGUAAAACAAAGCUGUUGGAUUGCAUCAGAGGAACAAAUGUUCAGGAAGGUGAAGCUGGAGGUAUUACUCAACAGAUUGGUGCGACAUAUUUUCCUGCAGAAAACAUACGUGAGAGGACCAAGGAGUUAAAUGCUAAUGCAAAACUCAAGGUGCCAGGUCUAUUAGUUAUCGAUACACCGGGACACGAGUCAUUCACAAAUCUGCGGUCAAUGGGUUCAAAUUUGUGUGACCUUGCAAUUCUAGUGGUUGAUAUAAUGCAUGAUUUAAAGCCACAAACCAUAGAAUCUCUGAAUCUUUUGAGAAGAAGGAAUGUAAAGUUCAUUGUUGCCUUGAAUAAGGUGGAUUUGCUAUAUGGGUGGAAAAGAAUCACGAAUGCUCCUAUAAUGAAGACAAUGAUGCAACAAACGAGUGAUGUGGUUCAUGAAUUUAAAAUGAGGCUAAAUCGGGUCAUAAACCAGUUCCAAGAACAAGGACUCAACUCUAAGCUUUAUUCCGAGAACAUAGAAAUGGGAGAAACUAUCAAUAUUGUACCUACUAGCGCUAUUAGUGGGGAAGAGAUCCCAGAUCUUUUGCUGCUGUUGGUUCAAUGGUCUCAGAAAACAAUGGUCGAGAAACUCACAUAUGUUGACAAAGUGCAGUGUACUGUCCUCGAGGUUAAAGUUAUUGAAGGCCAAGGUAUUACAGUUGAUGUUGUUUUGGUCAACGGAGUACUCCAUGAAGGUGACCUUAUCGUUGUUUGUGGUUCACAGGGACCAAUUGUAACAACUAUUAGAUCAUUAUUGACUCCUCAUCCUAUGAAAGAGAUGCGGGUGAAGGGUACCUAUCUGCCUCAAAGGGAAGUAAAGGGUGCACAGGGUAUCAAAAUUGCAGCACAGGGACUUGAACACGCCAUUGCUGGUACUGCCUUGCGUGUGAUUGGACCUAAUGAGGAUCUGGAAGAAGCCAAGAAAAAGGCCAUGGAAGAUAUCAAAUCAGUUAUGAACCGGAUUGACAAAAUUGAUAAAGGAGUUCAUGUACAAGCGUCUACAAGAGGGUCUUUGGAAGCAUUGCUCGAGCACUUGAAGUCCCCUGGUGUAAACAUACCUGUCAUUGGUACUGGCAUUGGACCUGUGCAUGAAGGAUAUCAUGAAGGUGGGUGUAAUGCUAGAGAGGAAAAAGAGUUGGCAACGAUUUUAGCUUUUGACGUGAAAGUAACUGCAGAGGUCGGAAAACUUGCCGACAAAAUGGGAGUGAAAAUCUUCUGUGCUGAUACCAUCUAUGAUUUAUCGAAACAUUUCAAGAGUUACAUCGUGGCUAUCAAAGAGGAGAAAAAGAAAGAAACUGCUUGUGAAGCAGUUUUCCCAUGUGUCCUUCAGAUAUUACCAAACCGUAUAUACAGACAGAAGGACCCAAUAAUCCUUGGAGUUGAAGUCAAGGAUGGAAUACUCAAGGUUGGAACUCCCAUUUGCAUUCUCAAAAUGAUUGAGAAAGUAAGAGUGUUUAUGGACAUUGGGCAUGUUGCAUCUAUUAAGGAUCUCAGAGACAAGCCAGUUGAUUAUGCAAAAAAAGAACAGGAGGUGGCUAUUAAGAUCAUUGCUUCUAACCCUGAAGAGCAGAAAAUGUUUGGGAGGCACUUUGGUAUAGAGGACGAGCUUGUCAGUCACAUUUCUAAGCGAUCCAUGGACGUACUCAGAACUAACUACUGGGAUGAGUUAUCCAACAACGUGAAGACGCUUGUUUUGAGACUUGAAAAGAUAUUCAAGAUAUAAUAGAUUCAUCACCCGAGAAGGAAGAACAUAGAUUUAUGCGUCUCUUCUUCUUUUUCCCUUUUGAACUGCUGCUUUUUCUUAUAGACAUUUCUUUAAUUUUUUCCUGCAGACAUUUAACCUCACCUUCUUGUUUCUCUACGCUUUUUCUAACAUUGUCUUUGUUUCAAAGUUCAAACUUGCAAUAUUUACAAGAUUAAUUA